UAAUCGAUAAUACUCAGCCAUUAAUAUUAUCUUCUCUGUGCGACAUAAAUAAAAUAAAUGAUAUGAAAUAAUAAUUGUAUUUACUAUACAUCACAAAAGUUGUAUUGUCUUCGAAAUGAGUGUAGUAUAAAUCAAAAACAAAGUUAGUGUACGUUCUGUGUGCUUUCAAUAAGCAGUUUUUAUUAUAAAUAUGGCCGACGCCCACGCCCAAUAGUUCUUAUAUUUUUUAAUAAUUGCCGUGCUGCUCGCUGAAGCUGUUAUAUAGAUUCGAGGAGCCUGAGGACACAAUCAGAAAAACGUAAUGUCACAAGUAAUUCCAAACACGCCCACACCUCAAAUGCUGACGACAUCAACGUUAACGCCGAUAGAAGCAACGAAGCAACAACGAACACACUCCUUUCCAACAAUUGUCGAUGGCAGCAUGCACUCAAAUGAGCAUCAGGCAUCCAUUCCCGAUGUUAUACUACGAGCCUCCACAAUGUUUGGCGAUCUGAAGCAUAGUGCGGGGCCCUUGGAUCUCGAAAAUGUAAAUAAUGCGGUAGAGACUGAAAACAAUUUAACAUCAAGUAGUAGGGACACUUUGCAAUUUAAUGCAAUGGGCGAUUCUAAGAUACGCAUAAUGCCAACAACGAAGCUGAUGGCAACGCCACAUGCCACGGAUCCCAAACGCAAAUUCGUUUGCCCGUACGAUAAUUGCACGAAAAGCUAUGGCAAAAGUUCCCACCUACGCUCACAUCUCACGUGGCACACAGGUAUCAAACCAUUCGUUUGCUCCGAGCCCAAAUGUGGCAAGGGAUUCACGCGUUCAGAUGAACUCAAUCGUCAUUUGCGCACUCAUACGGGCGAAAAGCCAUUUGAGUGCGUGCAGUGCAGUAAAAAGUUUUCGCGAAGCGACCAUCUAACUAAGCAUUUGGCCACACACGAUCGUCAGCUAAAAAGCAGCAAUCCGAAGCGUUCCUUGCCCAACACUACGACAAGUAGUAGCAGUAGCAGCAGGCAAAAGUCAACAAAAAAGCUGUCAACGACGGAUGCGGGCGAUUCGGGGUUCCACUUCAUGGCCGUGCUAAGCGGCAGUGAUGUGAAUGCAAAUGCAGAUCUAAAUCACCACAAUCAUCAGUCGCAGCAACAGCAGAAUGCGGAUAUAUCGGGGUUUGAGCACUUACCGCUUCGCAUUAAGCUGGAACGGCCGGAACAUAGUGACAAAUAUCAGAUCGCAGCAGCAGCGCCGCCUCCUAUACCUGACAACCAACAACUGACACCUAGUUUUAAUGCUAAUCCCGAAGUCGUCAAGUACGAGCCCGCAGAUGACAUUGUACGCACACUCAAUCAAUUGCCGGCCCAGGAUGGUCCUGGCACCUAUGGCAUGCCCCAUUUUGUACAGGAUCGCCCGUUUCGCUGUCGUCAGUGCGAGAAACGUUUCAAGCGACAGGACGAUCUUAAUCGGCACAUUCGAACGCACACGGGGGAGAAGCCCUAUGCGUGCAGUCAAUGUUGCCGACGCUUCGUUCGCAGCGAUCACUUGAAGAAGCAUCAGCAAACGCAUUUAAAAGCUCGGUAGUUUUUCGUUUGCAUAACGUAUAGAUAACGAUUAAGUUUCAAAAGCCAGUGGCAUCCGAAUAACUGUUAGUUAAAUCAGGCAUGUGUUUUGUCACCACAAACACAGUACAAUAAAAUUAAUUAACAAAUUACUAUAAA